UCUACAAGUUUGGCCUUUUCUUCUUCUGUUUUACCGAUUCAGGCAUCUAAGACCUCACUUGUAUAUAACAACCACAUAUCCCUCCCCCUCUCCAUCAAGCAUAAAUCUUGACACUGAUAUACCAUUCCUCAGUGAAGAACACUUUUAGCGAACUUCAAUAGUUUCUGAGAAGAAUAGAAACAUGGGUUCAGCGAGCAGAGCCUGGGUUGUAGCAACGAGUGUUGGAGUUGUGGAGGCCUUCAAGGACCAAGGAAUUUGCAGGUGGAACUCUGCUUUGAGGUCUAUUGAGCAGCAUCUGAAGAAUCAGGCUAGGUCUAUCUCUCAGGCUAAGAAGCUUUCUUCUUCUUCUGCAGUGGUUUCCAGAAGACGUAAGGGUGAUAAUGCAAAUCAAUCAGAAGACUCCCUCAGGACGGUCAUGUAUUUGAGCUGCUGGGGUCCUAAUUAGAACCGAAGGGCGGCGGCGGCGUCGUCGUCGUCGUCUUUCUUUUUUGUAACAAAAAAAUUGUUUGGACCCUUGUGAAAGUCGAAAGGACUGAUGUAAAUUUUGAUAAAUGUUAGAUGCAGUGUGAUCUAACACUUGCGAAUUUCAAGCA